CGCGCGGGGGAGGGGCGGCGGGUCAGUCUCCGCCGGGCGCUCCGGGGAUCAGCUGGCGGGCGGGCGGGCGCCGAAUGCGGCCCCGGCUCUCGCUGCAGCGCCGCCUCCUCUCCGCGUCGCAGGCCGGCCCGGCGGCCGUGACAAUGUUGCGGGGCUGAUAGCUGGGCGCCGGCCGCCGAGCCAUCUCAAGUUUAAACUUACACGAAUCGCUCUCUUGAGGAGGAGGGGACCGCCGCGCGAUUGACACGCAUAUUCCUAUAGGCAUCCUCCCUCAGCCCCCACCCCCACGGCCGGAUUCGGGUGGCUCCUCUCCGAGCUGAAAUCCGAGAAGAAAUCUCCUUGGAUCUCUUGUUAAAAAAAAAAAAAAAAAUCCAGAAACCGUCGGUAUUUUGCUUUCCUGCUUCCUUUUCGCAUGAUGAAGAAGUUUUUCGACUCCAGGCGAGAGCAGGGUGGCUCUGGCCUGGGCUCCGGCUCCAGCGGAGGAGGGGGCAGCACCUCGGGCCUGGGCAGCGGCUACAUCGGAAGGGUCUUUGGCAUUGGGCGACAGCAGGUCACUGUGGACGAGGUGCUGGCGGAAGGUGGAUUUGCCAUCGUGUUUCUGGUGAGGACAAGCAAUGGAAUGAAAUGUGCCUUGAAACGCAUGUUUGUCAACAACGAGCAUGAUCUCCAGGUGUGCAAGAGAGAAAUCCAGAUAAUGAGGGACCUGUCGGGGCAUAAGAACAUCGUGGGUUACAUUGACUCCAGUAUCAACAGUGUGAGUAGCGGUGAUGUGUGGGAAGUUCUCAUCCUGAUGGACUUCUGCAGGGGAGGCCAAGUGGUCAACCUGAUGAACCAGCGCCUGCAAACAGGUUUUACAGAAAAUGAGGUACUCCAGAUAUUUUGUGACACCUGUGAAGCUGUCGCCCGCCUGCAUCAGUGCAAAACUCCUAUUAUCCACCGUGACUUGAAGGUUGAGAAUAUUCUCUUGCAUGACCGAGGCCACUAUGUCCUGUGUGACUUUGGAAGUGCUACCAACAAAUUCCAGAAUCCACAAACGGAAGGAGUCAAUGCGGUAGAAGAUGAGAUUAAGAAGUACACAACGCUGUCCUAUCGCGCACCAGAGAUGGUCAACCUGUACAGUGGCAAGGUCAUCACCACGAAGGCAGACAUUUGGGCUCUCGGAUGUUUGUUGUAUAAAUUAUGUUACUUCACUUUGCCAUUUGGGGAGAGUCAAGUGGCAAUUUGUGAUGGAAACUUCACAAUUCCUGAUAACUCUCGAUAUUCCCAAGACAUGCACUGCCUAAUUAGGUAUAUGUUGGAACCAGACCCUGACAAAAGGCCGGAUAUUUACCAGGUUUCCUACUUCUCAUUUAAACUACUCAAGAAAGAAUGCCCAAUUCCAAAUGUACAGAACUCUCCCAUUCCUACAAAGCUCCCUGAACCAGUGAAAGCCAGUGAGGCAGCUGCAAAGAAGACCCAGCCAAAGGCCAGACUGACAGAUCCCAUUCCCACUACAGAGACAUCAAUCGCACCCCGCCAGAGGCCUAAAGCUGGGCAGACUCAGCCCAACCCAGGAAUCCUCCCCAUCCAACCAGCCCUGACCCCUCGGAAGAGGGCCACAGUUCAGCCCCCACCUCAAGCCGCAGGAUCCAGUAAUCAGCCUGGUCUUUUAGCCAGUGUUCCUCAACCAAAAACCCAGCCCCCACCCAGUCAACCGCUACCACAGUCUCAGCCCAAGCAGCCUCAGGCUCCUCCCACCUCACAGCAGCCGCCUUCCGCGCCAGCCCAGGCUCUGCCCACCCAGGCCCAGGCCACACCCCAGCACCAGCAGCAACUCUUCCUCAAGCAGCAGCAGCAGCAGCAGCAGCUGCAGCAGCAGCAGCAGCAGCAGCAGCAGCAGACAGCGCCGUCUGCACAACAGCCAGUGGGCACGUUCUACCAGCAGCCGCAGCAGCAGGCCCAGGCUCCGCAGUUUCAGGCAGUACACCCAGCAGCCCAGCAACCAGUGAUCGCUCAGUUCCCUGUGGUAUCUCAAGGAAGCUCUCAACAGCAGCUGAUACAAAACUUCUACCAGCAGCAGCAGCAGCAACAGCAGCUGGCCACAGCCCUGCAUCAACAACAGCUGCUGACUCAGCAGGCUGCCUUGCAGCAGAAGACGACUGUGGCGGCCGUACCGCAGCCCCAAGCACAGCCGGCCACAGCAGCCUCGCCAGCCCCUGCCCAGGAGCCAGCGCAGAUUCAGGCCCCAGUAAGACAACAGCCGAAGGUUCAGACAACCCCACCUCCUACCAUCCAGGGGCAGAAACUUGGAUCUCUCACUCCUCCAUCAUCCCCCAAGGCCCAGCGUGCUGGGCACAGGCGAAUUCUCAGCGACGUGACCCACAGCGCAGUCUUUGGGGUCCCUGCCAGCAAAUCAACCCAGCUGCUCCAAGCAGCUGCAGCUGAGGCCAGUCUCAAUAAGUCCAAGUCUGCAACCACCACUCCUUCAGGCUCCCCUCGGGCCUCCCAGCAAAAUGUUUAUAAUCCUUCAGAAGGUUCUACGUGGAAUCCCUUUGAUGACGACAAUUUCUCCAAACUCACAGCUGAAGAACUGCUAAACAAGGACUUUGCCAAGCUGGGGGAAGGCAAAUAUCCUGAGAAGCUUGGAGGCUCUGCUGAGAGUUUGAUCCCAGGCUUUCAACCAACCCAAGGUGAGGCUUUUGCUGCUCCCUCAUUUUCCGCUGGAACUGCUGAAAAAAGGAAGGGUGGGCAGACUGUGGAUUCUAGCCUUCCUCUUCUAAGUGUAUCUGAUCCUUUCAUUCCUCUUCAAGUACCUGAUGCACCAGAAAAACUAAUUGAGGGACUCAAAUCUCCUGACACUUCUCUUCUGCUCCCUGACCUCUUGCCUAUGACAGAUCCUUUUGGUAGCACUUCUGAUGCUGUAAUUGAAAAAGCUGACGUUGCUGUUGAGAGUCUGAUACCAGGACUGGAGCCCCCGGUGCCUCAGCGCCUCCCAUCUCAGACGGAAUCUGUGACCUCGAACCGCACAGAUUCUCUCACCGGGGAAGAUUCCCUGAUUGAUUGCUCUCUGCUUUCUAACCCCACUACUGACCUUCUGGAAGAGUUUGCCCCCAUAGCCAUCUCUGCUCCGGCCCAUAAAGCUGCGGAAGAUAGUAAUCUCAUCUCAGGUUUUGAUGUCCCUGAGGGCUCGGACAAGGUGGCAGAAGAUGAGUUUGACCCUAUUCCUGUAUUGAUAACCAAAAACCCACAAGGUGGGCACUCUAGAAACAGCAGUGGGAGCUCUGAGUCCAGUCUUCCCAACCUAGCCAGGUCUUUGCUGCUGGUGGAUCAGCUCAUAGACCUGUAGCCGUGACCCAGUAGCAGAUGCAGUUCUGUAACCUUCAUACCGUAAUACACAUUUUCAUUACGGAGUUAUAAGAAAAUGAUUUUUUUAAAUCUGCAAAUAAGGGGCCCUCUAGCCCUGAUCUUCUGUCCCUUGCCUUCUCCCGUAGAAAUGAUAAGGAAAGAAAAUCACUUUGGCCCUCCAGAUACUCUUGGCCAGUUCCUCCCUGUUAGUUUGCUGUGUUUUCUCAUUACCCUUCUUCAAUAGCAUUAUCUUACAUCAAGCACUAGAUGCCAUGAGCUUCACCUCUGCUGGGAUCGACUCCACCACACGCUUAACUGUAACUGAAACUAGUGAAUUGACACCUGUGUCUCAUUCUUGCUAGGAAUGGCCUCCCAAAUUGAUCCUCCCAACCCCAUCUCCUCUGGCCAGAUGCUGAUGAAUGUGUUUCUCUGUUUUUGCUUUUCUAUCCUGCUGCAUUAUCCUGAGGACAUGGCUUCUUCAGUUGGUCUUGACUCUAGGCAGUAACCUAGAGAUGGGUGUGUGGUUUAAGAGAGGGUAAAACUGACUGAUGGUUUAUGUCCGGAAAGAGAAAUUGAGCCCAGCUCUAGCCAACCAACUCUGACCUUGUUUGAUCAUAGACUUAGCGAAGAGAUUUAACACCCCAUGCAACCCGCCCAGCAUCCUUCCAGCAUUCUGGCUUCCAUUGAACGUGAUUUCUCAGAUCUGGAGACGUGACCGCAAGUACUUGAGAUCCUUGGAUAAAAUGUGUACAUUAUAUAAAUUCCAAGUAUUGCCCUUCCUUUUAGUGUUUAACUAUCCCAAGCUGGGAUCUCAGAAUUAGACCAAAACAAGACAAUAUGGUAAUAUGAUACCUUUUAUUAGAAGACUUUUCACUGGGGGGUGGAUGAGGGAAGGGAAGGAAUUGUAGCAGAAACAGAUGUAUUUUUCUUGUGAUUUUUAUUUUGAAUCAAAUAUUGUAAAUUGUGUAUAAAUGAAGACACUGAAUAGUUCUGUUUCCACUUGGCGUUUCAAGUCCGAUAUCAGGUGUCUGUACAGGGUUUUGAUCUCUUUCCCUUGUAUAACUAACUACACAGCAACCCUACAGUGUAACAUAUGGAAUCAUUUUGAAUAGACUUGUGUGUUGCUAUAAGCUUUCAGCAGGUCCUCUGUCUUUGUAGAAUAAGCAUGUUGUUUAUUUUCAGAUAAUCAGAAAUAAGUAUGCAGACACACUAGGCACAAUUUGACUCUGGCUACUUACCUUUCUUUCUCUCUGAUGUUUGAACUGAAGGACGCAGCCAGUGAAAUAUGUUCAGUUGGUUUUCCUUGGCUUCUUAGAUUAAAAAACAAAAAGCAAUUUCUCACUAACCUUAGAAUAUUGUUCAUAAAAUAAAUAAAGGCCCCUGCACUGACGUGACAACAUGCCUUAUGGUCACCCUCUGUACAUGUCCUUCCUCACUAAAGUAUAUUUUUUUCCUUACACGCAAAGCAGUUUUAUAAAAUCUCCCUUGGAAAAGAGGUGGGCACAGAGAACCCCAUUUGGUUCUCUUCCUAGAGUGCCAUUUCCAUGGUCAAAAGGGAACCUCUUAGCUAAUCAGAUUUGUACCAAAAAAAUUCCAGGUCCAUUUGCUUGUUUCCCUGUCUAGUACUUUUGUUUCUGCUUUCUCAUGUUUGCACUUUAAGGGGAAAAAAGUAAGCUGAACAGCAACAACAGCCUGCAACACACCGUACUUUAGAGGUCAAGCUUCAGAAGCCUUUGAAAGGCAGCAGAGGUGAAGUCAGAACUUUUUAGUUUUCCUUCUGACUUUAAGUACUUCCGUGCCAGCUGAAACUAGAUGCAUGCCGUACAGGCCUCUGUGAGGAUAAUGAAUCAUUCCCAGAAUUGAGGGAGGUACAACCUUCCUACUGAGAGUUAAAAAAGAUAUGCUUGAAAAGCUCUCCUUGAUUGGACAGUGAAAAUGGGACUUGGUUUGCCCUUUUAUGGACAGGAUUAUUACUGAAAAUCAAAAUAGUGUUCUUUUUCCCAGACAUAGAAUAUGUAAAUGAAGGAGAUUGUUUAUUUUUAAAUAAGAAUAAUGUUUUAUGCCUAUGUUUUCCAAUCUUUUUUUCCAUACAUAUAUAUUAGAAAUACAGUGAAAUAUCUAGCUUGCUAAUGUAAUUGAAGCCACGAAGAGUACAGUUUAGAAAUCAGCUGUCUCUCAAUUGUCCUUUUCAUGUAUUACCCAUAAUUACAUUGAGAUAUAUUAUCUAGUCAUCUGGCUCAAUAAAGCUUAAUAGAGAAUGUUAAUGAAAAUGAACGGACUAGAAACCAGAGAGACUGGGUGGAGGAAGGAAGCCUGAGGGGGAUAAUGACAUGAAAUUAUCUUGAGUUUGUUCUUUAGGAGUAAGGCUUCAAAGGAUAGAACUAUUUUUCUGUUAAAGAAAACAUAUGAGUGACUCUUUAUUGAGGCCUCCUUUAUUGGGGCCUCCUUUCAUUUAUAGCACCAUCCCUGAGCUAAAAGGGUUUGAGAUGAGCAUGGUGUGCUAAUAAUUGAUAGAACAUUGAAACUGUAGACUGAGCUACAAGAGGGACCUUAGAGAUUAUUCUGGCUCAUCCACUUCAUUUCAUAGACGUGGGUGGUUGGAGAAGAGAUCCGGGCAGGAGAGGCCCCCUGGAAGCUCCUCCUGUGACCUUUGCCAGUCCCUGGGCAAGUGGCCUUCAGCAGGAGCUUCACUUCUUAGAACUGCUGCUCCUUACUACAGUGAUGACUUUGGACCAGAUGGUUUUUAAGAUUAUAGAAUUCUAGGGUUCUCAGUGUUUAUUAUGAUGCUUUAGGAGGACUAUGAAGGAUUUAGAUAAUCCUGAUGUCCUUCAGUUAUCUUCCAUAGCUCUUACUAUUACUAUAGUAGUAUUUAUAUUUUAGAGAAUUACAGUAGGCUUUCGCUAACCUGGGUUGCUCUCUUGGUUAUCUGAAGAGACCCCUAAGUCAUCACAGAAUGUUGGACAUAGAUUUUCCUUUUUUUUAAUAUUACACACAUGCAUCUACCUAUUCUGACAGCAUCAGAUUUCAAUUAUUGUAAACUGUGUAAUCAAGGAUCUGCUAUUUUAAAAUGGACAAAUACUGUAAGCAUAUGUUUCUGAUUUGCUUUUAUUCCAACUGUGCGAAAUAGUAACUAAACCAGAAAACAUCACAAAUUGGAUUUUUUUUCCCCCUUUACAGCAUUCAGAUAACUAGAUCACCAAAUUCAAGUCCCAGUGAAAACACAGGCCUCAGAGGAGAUAAGGUUUAAACGGACAUUUGUGAAUAUGAUUAUAGUUAGUGAUUUCUUUAGCAGACAUAUCAGAAUUGUGACAUCUAAUUGAGUGUUCCCUUCAAAGGCAUCUAGUUUUACUUGGGAAAAUAAUACUUAUUUUAAUGAUGCUGCCACCAUUUAUUUUAAAAAUAUAAGAAAAUCAGUUGUAUUAUUAUCUGAUUAGUAUCUCUUUCAGCAUCUGAACCUAUGCUCUUACUCUUUUUUUUUACCACUCUUGGUUCUAAGUAACAUUUGAUGUUUCCAAAAAAGCAAACCACUCCCCUACACUGAAGAGCGGUUACAAUGGAAGAUAGUCAGAAGAAUAAUCCACUGAAAAUUCCCAGAGAAGACCUUAUAAUGGACUGUGCAGUCUUAAUUUCUUUAAUAUUCUGAAUAAAGGAACUUGUGUGAUUUUGCCUGUCUUUAGUAUGGCUUAGAAAAUUGAAAAAUACGGGUUUUAUAAUACCUCUGAAAGAGAUUGUCAGUUUGUUUAAUGUCAUUGGAUACUGGACUUGCCUCUUCCCAAGUGAGAAUUAUGGAACUUGGAUUGCUAAUAAUUACAGGGGAACAAACCGAGGAAAGAACUUGUUUUUCUCAAGAUGAACUAUUAGUGUUGUUUCUAAUCUUUUUGGGGAGCUCCCCUGACAAAUUCAAACCAACACAGCUUUCCCUCCAGGUCAGGAACAGUUCUACCUUCAGCAGUGCUGGGGGAAGGAGGGGACUUUUGGGGUUGACCUCAGCCCGGCGGUAUGGAAGCCUAUGAAGUCAGCUAACAAGAUACACCCUGUAGAUACCUCGGGCCAAAACAAAGUCUCCCAUGCUUAUAUUUAUCUGUAGUUCCAGAAGUCUUUAAUUUUCUCAGUUUAUAAGAUUCAGAAUUCUGUAGCCAUGCACUUAAAGCUUGGAGAUAAAAAUGACAGGAUUGCCCCCAAAGUAUUGAAUUCAGCUAAUCAGAGGCUGUCAGAUAAAGAAAUUGUUAGAUGGAUAUUUAACACGGUACCUUUACUGAAACACUCCAGAUAUUACAAAGCUAUCUUUUACUCCUCUCAAGAGGCUGUAGUUUUACCAAAACAAAGUUAGCCUUUUCCUUUUCCCCACUAAUGAUGCUCCUGGAGCUGGAUGUGCUUGGAUUUCUUGAGUCAGAAUGAAUCCCAGAUGGCCUCCAUUUCAAGUAACUGUAACAUGAUACUAUUUUGUUUGUCUUGGGUUUCCUUUCAUGAUGAUCAGGGAGAGAGGUUCUGGGUCAGAGCUGAUCUAUGCAGAAUUACCAAGUGGUGAUGUUGCUAGAAUGGAAGGUGUCUCCUUGGUUCCCACUCUGAUGUAGUGGCCUCAGUUCACUCUUUCCCUGGGAGUCUCCUCUGCCCUGUUGCACACCCCCCUCGUCAAGUAUAUGUGUAUUUACCAUAGACCUUUUCCUGUCCUCCCCAAGAAGACAAAGCAAACAGAGGUACAUGAAGCUAUCUUAUAGAGUAACAAAUGUGAAAUUUGAACAUUGCUACGCAAGUAUUGUAUAAAAAAAAAAAAGUCUGUAAACAAAUUUCUUAUGUAAACAUACAGAAAAAUAAAGACUUUUAUCUGUUCAACGGGGAGCAUGAUGUUCAGAGCUAUAAAUAACCUACAAUAGCUAUUCUUUUCUUGAUCUGAAAACCCACUUUUUUUUCCAAAAGGAUUUAAACACAUUGUUGAGUGACAAUAAGCACUUGUGCACAAGUACCGUGCAAACACAUCUGAGAGACGUGCCGAGGACGUUUUAAUGAGUCCUGGCUACCCUGGCUUCACCUGCGGUCAUGGAGAUGAAAACCCCUGUGAGCCUGCAUUUGAUAUGACCAGACGUAGAGUUGUAAAAGGGAGCACAUAUUUGCAGCUACCUUCCUUGAAUUUAAUCUUUGAUGCACCCAGGGCAAUUUAAUUAAACAUUUUGUGUUGGCAACAGCAGUUUUAUGCCCAAGGAAAAAUCUCUCUCAUUUAAUUGCCCCAUUGGCUUGAGAGACACAGCAUCACUAGCCAGUGUUGGCUCCCAGGCAUAGGUUUUAGAGCAACUGCACAGCUUAUGGUAGAACCAAGUGCUUGAUCUUAUCUGAGCAAAAGGUCAUGGAAAUUAUACAUUUGAAGUACAUCUCCUGAUUCCCUGAUUCAACUUUGAAAGUGUGGAUUUCAUUUGGUGCUGCCUUUCUGAAGUUCUUGGGAAGGAAUGUAUUUUGCUUUCUAUUUGCUAACUAACUGAAUGAGAAGGUUUUCCAAUACUCCCAAGUCUUCAUUUCCAGUUUGGGGCAAGAAGUAUGUCUCUGGUGCUUCUUCUAAUUGUUAUUUCACUUUGUAGUAUGGGAAAAAGUGAAAUUCUGGUCACCUAUGAUAUAUGCACUCAGGAAGAUCCAGCCUGAAAUUGCAGACUUCAGAUUUCGAUUUUUCUUUUUUAAGGGAACACUGGCCUUCACUGUAUCCAUCAGAUGAAAUUUCCAGGGGUAACCUAUUCUAAAUCAUUCAGCACUUUGAGUUGCUUGGGAAAUUAAGGGGGAAUUGGUGAGAGUCUUUGCAAAAUCAUCAGAUACUUGUGGGUAUAUCUUUCCUUCAAAGCAUAUAAGCUCUUUACUGAAAUUGAUGUAGUCUGCUGCUGCUGCUAAGUCGCUUCAGACGUGUCCAACUCUGUGCGACCCCAUAGACGGCAGCCAGCCAGGCUCCCCCGUCCCAGCCAGGCUCCCCCGUCCCUGGAUUCUCCAGGGAAGAACACUGGAGUUUGGAGCCUCAAAAUAGACUAAAAUGGAGUUAUCCCUAGUGGAAGCGUUGAAACAGCGUGCUUGACCUUAACCUCUCACAUAGUCCCUACAUCAAAGCAAGAAAAAGAAGUGUAUUUUGACUUUUUGCUUAAUUUAAUGUGCUAAACCAAAAAAGAGAGAGACAUGACUUAAUUUGAGAGAAUUAGAAAAAAAUGCCCCACCUUAAACGGCAUGAUAAGGAAGAUCCUUAAUGCUUGAUAAGGGAGACCCUGACUCUGUGAGGUCAGGUCCUGGGGUUUAGCCCAGCCACCCUGCCCCAUCACCCCACACCCCAAGAACAACUGGCUAGCUUUUUGAGUUUUAUGGUCACAAGACAUCUGCUAUGCAUAGCCAUUGGUUUGCAAAGGAAAUGGGCCAAGACACUGAGGUUAAAUUAGUGUAAAUCUUUCAUUGCUCACAGGCAGACGGCUUCUAAUGUGUUUUUCUGACAGUACAAGGCUAUCUUCACAUAUAAGGACUGUUCACCCUGAAAACAUAUGCUUUCCCUUCCUACAAUAACACAUUCAUAUUAAGGGAAAAAAAAAUGAAACCCUCUAACCGCCAACAAGAUUUAAUGUCUGUCUUCUGUUUACAGUUAUGUAGAAUUCCUCCUUCUCUUGACUGCUUUGUUUCUUGUGCUGCCACUACCAAAAUUCCCUGCGGGGAUGUGGAUGUCUGCGCACCCUAUACCCACCGCUUGUCUCUGGUCUCCAGAAUGCCAGGCUUGGAGAGUUGCAAAGGGCAGUUGCCCUCAGCCUCGGUCAUACUGCACCUCCUCUAAAAAGAAUGGAAAGGUUAACAGAUUGGGCCUUUUCAGGAGAAUCCUUUAAAUGUACUUUUCUAAUCCUAUAGAGCAGAUUCAUGCUCAGAGAUCAAAUAGGUCUGGUCUUGUUUUGAAGAACUGGAGACUAGUUCUCCCGUCAAACUUAAUGUUAUAGUAUUUUUGUGACUGUACAUUUUUAAAAAGUUGCUGCAAACUUUAGGUAUGAUAUUCCUAUCAUUCACUAUGAAAGUCAUAGAAUAUGCUUGGAGUUGGCAGAUUUACAGUUGACUUGACCAAGAACUCGCUUUUUAACAUAAAUCAUUUAUAUAGGCUAGGAAUGCCCUUCCAGCCUCUCCAGCUCUGGAUGUGGGCACCCCUACUUGGUACCUUCCAGCUCUCAAAAUGUCAUCUAAUUCUGCAGGCAUCCAAGACGCCCACGUUCUAUAGGCUUUUUGGAGGUCUGUGCUUACAAUUUGAUUUGACUGCAUUCCAUUAAAAUUUCCCCCAAACACUAGCUCCAGUCAAAUUAGUGCUCAUUUUCAUUGUUGGUCCAUAUGGUGGCCAGAGUUGGUUUAACUAAAUGUGUCAGUUCUUUCCUGAGAGGUAUGUUGCUCUCCCACAGAAUUGCAUCGGCACUUAGGGUUGUUUUCGGAGAUGAGAAGCCAUGCCUUAGUUUUGAGAACUAAAAACUUUGUACAGCUGAUACCGUGUUAGAAAGUGGUUCAAGGAGUUUGGAAGGGGUGGUUACUACCACUUUGCUUAGCAAAUCUUAAUUUGGAAAACUUCCCUGCCCUAUUGCAUUUUGAAUUUCCUCCCAGAUACCAUCAUCUGGGGAUCACUGUGACAGAUCUAAUAUCAGUAUGCUUGCUUGAGAGGUCAGAGUUAUGUCCCUUCACAUAUAUUGCAAGGGAGAGAAGGCAUUCCAUCUAUUUCCUGUUAACAUGUUAAAAUUACGGUGCAAGGAAACAUUUAUCUGCUUCAAAAACUUCAGGAAGUCUUUUGGCACCAGUACAGAGUUUAACUUAAAGACUCUCUAAAUUGAAAUUUACCAAAUACAUUCACAGUUUUAGAAAGAGAAGGGGUGGCGGGGGGGCAACUUUGUUUCCAAAAACAAUACUUAAGGUCAGAAUUAUUUAAAAAGAAGCACUAAAAUAAAAAAUAAGCACUGUUAAAAAAAUUACAGGAUUCAGAGAAACAUAGUAUUUUUGUACAAUAUCUCUAAAAAUGUUCAGAUCGCUCUCUACAUCUCUUUACAAUGUAAUGUCUCUAAGUAACUGGUUUCCCAAUAAAUUGAUUUUGAUGCUGCU